UCUCCGCCAGCAGCCCACCCUGCCCACCUCUGCCUCUGCCGUCGCCCAAUACCUGCCCCUACAUCUGCUUUCCUUUAUGUUUCUUCUUGCCUUCUGUCCUCCAGCUUCCGCCCCUCCUGCACCUGCCUCGGGCUUUCCCCAUCCGCAACAGUCCUCUCCACGUGUUUCCCACGCACCCCACUUCUGUGCCCCCUCCCAACCCCCCUUGUUCCGUCGCCUUCUGCCCCACACCUUCUGCUCCUUUUCGGCGUUUGCCUGUCGACUGCAGUGCCACUGGACCCCCGCCUCCUCCGCAUUAGUUCAUCGGUCCAUCCUUCUAUCCAUCCUCCCUUCCUCCCUCCUUCUGCCCAUCCAUCCAUGCCUCCAACCCCCCGUCCUUUCCCGGGCCUCUUGCCCUACCUCCCGGGCUCUCUCCCCUGACACCCACCUUCUCUAGGCCCCUGAGUGCUUUUGGUGGAGCGGGCUGACAGCCCCUUUCCUGAUCUUUGUCUCCUGGGCCCCAGGGGGCAUCUGGCCUCGUGGCCUUUGGGGUGACAGCAGGCAUCACGCCCCAGAAGAAGUUUGCAAGUGAGAAGAGGUGGAGGAGGAGACCACAUGGAGCCGUCUCUGAUGACACUUGUUCUCCUCUGAGACGUCCAACUCCCAGCUCAGUUCUGUUCAUCACCGCAUUUUAACGGACUUCAGAGUGGAGCCUGCCCCUUGUCUCUUGCAUACCUAACCCACCACCCCUCACAUCUGGAGAUUAUAUAAGACUGUCAGUAUUCUCAUUCUAGAAAGGGGCAAGUCUGUUAGUAGGUGUCAGAAGCAGACCUAAGUGGGAGCCUCAGGCCACCCUAGAACUGCCCCAUGCUGGGUGGGCAAGGAUGGGGCCAUUGUCAGGGUCUGGGUGCACUGAGAACCGGAAAUGGAAUCAGCCGGGUUUGGUGACUCAGAAUUGAUUUUUUUUUUCCAAGGGACAGGGAGGGGGUGUAGAGGAGGGAGGGGAGAGCAGUAAGGUAGGGGGAUGGGGAAAGAGCUGCUUUGCAUAGCUAAGAUGUUUUGUCAUCAACCCAGAAACUGAGGUACAAGGGCAACCCUUGCCCAAACCCCCUUAAGAGGAAAAGGGUUUGCGUAGCUGACCGAGGGGACUUUGAAGAUGCUGAAGGGCCCCAAGAUAGCAGUUUCUCUGCUCUAUGGCUAUCCUGUCAGUGCAGGACCUGAGCAACUGGGUGUAACUUUCACAAUGCCAUGGCAACCCAAGUGAAACAAAAUUGAGGUUGGGGACCCGGGAGAGUAUCUGUUUGGGAUGCCAAGAAAAGCGGAAAGAACGCAUCUGAGAAAUUUCAAGAAGGGCCUCGGGGAUCUGUAGUAAAAUAAGUGAAGGACUGUUCCCCAUUUACAUGGGGAAGCAGGCCCAGAAAAGAGAUAAUUACCCACAGUCAUCCAACUGGUCAGCGAUGGGAUCCUGAACUGCACCUUGGAGUGAAGGAGCCACACGAAAGGAUCCUCCUGAUGGAGCCACCUUAUUCCAGAGGUAGCAGGGGCUGAGUUGGAGGAGAGUAACAAAAACCCGAAGAAGUUGGAUGCCAUGACCCUCAUUAAAGAAGACAUGUCCAUCUUCGGGCACUGCCCUGCCCAUGACGACUUCUAUUUGGUUGUAUGUAACCAUUGCAGCCAAGUGGUGAAGCCUCAAGCUUUCCAGAAGCACUGCGAAAGAAGACAUGGGCCCCUCAGCAAGCUCUACGCCCGGGCCCCACCUCCACCUCCAGCCCCUGCCAGCUCUCAGAAAUGCCAUGUAGUGAAUGGGCAGGGCCCUGCUUGUAGGGCCCCAGGUUCUACCAAAACCUCCUCCAGGGAGAAGGGCCAGGGGUCUCGCAGCCGUGGCCACCAGCCUCCUGAGAAGACCCAGAAGGACAACCUCUGCCUUUUCGUGCCUGUGGUGAAUCUGGAGAAGAUGUCCAGUCUUCCGAAGCCUGAUGGACAUGGAAUCAGGGUGGCCCCACCCUCUGCUUUCCUCAGCCAGCCAGGUGGCCUCACCAAGGACUCCCCUGGAAAAAAUCCCAUGGCAUCCCCUUCUAAAGAACUUCCUGGCAGAGAGAGCAUCGAGAUAGCCCCCAGCGAGGGCCCCAGUCACCGGACUGAAGGCAGCCCUUCUGAAAAGGAGCCUGGUGGGGCCAAGCUGACCCCCAAAACCCACCGGAAGAUGGCUCGGAAGGAGUGCGACCUCAAUAGGCAGUGUGGGGUAAUAAAUCCAGAGACCAAAAAGAUCUGUACCCGCCUUCUCACCUGCAAGAUCCACUCGGUGCACCAGCGCCGGGAGGUCCAGGGCCGAGCCAAGGAUUUUGACGUGCUGGUGGCAGAGCUGAAGGCCAACUCCCGCAAGGGGGAGUCUCCCAAGGAGAAGAGCCCAGGGCGGAAGGAGGCAGCUCUCGAGCGCCCCUCCCAGGAGCCCCCCGCCUCAGUUCAACUUGUGGCAGCAGUGGCUGCUCCCAGCGGCGCCUUCUCUGCUCGUGCCAAGCCAACCUACCCCUACUGUGCACUGCCCAGGUCCCGGGCCUCCUCUGAGAGUGAGUUGGAUGAUGAAGGCCCUUGUGGUGGUGAUGGGGAUCCAGGCCUGUUCCCCUUCCCCCUGCCCCGGGGUGGGGCCCAGGCCUCCAGCGAGGAGAGUGAGGAGGAGGGGACAUCUGAUGACCUCCACCUCCCCACUGACUGCCAUUAUGCAACCCGGCCCCCUCGGCCACAGGCGUUCUGCACCUUUGGGAGCCGGCUGGUGAGUCCAGGAUGCUAUGUGUUUAGCCGCCGGCUGGACCGGUUCUGCUCGGCCCUGAGCUCCAUGCUGGAACGGCACCUCAGCUCCCACAUGUGGAAGAAGAUCCCACCGGCGGCUGAGCCUCCAUCCCACCUUGUCAGCUCCCUCCCAUCUGCUCCCCUGAGCCCAUCCCCUAUGGGCAACAGCCCUCGCCUUCCAGGCCCACCCCCCAGACCUUCCUGCCCCGCCUCCACACCCCCCACCAAGGACAGCCUUGUCCCCAGCUACCCUGCAGGCUCCCCCAACGUGGCAGCCGCCUGUAGUCAGGCGGAGUGCAUGGGCGGGAGCCAGGCCAUCACCUCACCACUGCCUGCCAACACGCCGUCCCCGUCCUUCAGCAAGCUCCCACCUUCCAAGGCCAGCAAGUCGUCCAAAGGCAAGGACAGGCUGGAGGUGGAGGCUCCUUCUCGAAAACGAAAGUUAUCGCCGGGCCCCACCACUUUCAAACGGACUUGCAUCCUGGAGCCCACUGGAAAAGGCAAGCCCUCUGGAUGCCGGGGCCUCUCAGCCAAGACUAAACCCGCUCUGGGCCUGGGGCUUAAUGGGACGGUGGGGCCAAGAGUGAAGAGGGCAGGGCCCCUGGACUGUCGGGGUUCCCCUCAUCAGCCCCCCACGCCAGUCAAGGCCUCUCAGCUGGACAGUCAGGGGGUGGCUGGACAUGUGGCCAAGGCCCUGCCGACCACCUGCUUCUCUGAGGAGGAGGUAGCCAAGAAGCGGAAAAACCUGGCCACUUACUGCCGGCCAGUGAAGGCCAAGCACUGCCAGGCUGGCGCCCCUGCCGAUGCGGCCUGUCCUGUGCGCCGCAAGAAGCCGGGUCCGGCCCUGGCCUUUGAGGAGAAGUGUUCUGCACUGAAGGGCCACUUUCUGAAUUGGCUGUGGCCCUCACUCCAGGAACUGGAGCUACCUCUGUUCCCUGAAGGAAAGGAAGUUGGACUCCAUGAGCUCUGAUAAGAAAGUCAAAAGCCCAUUAACGAGAAAGUGCCUGCCCACUGCAAUGGAGCCGCCAGCACCUCCUCCCCUCCAGAUCCGGGCCCCAGGCUGCUGCCGCUUUUUAUAACUUUAUAUUAUUUUUUUUAAGAAAAAAAAAAAAACUCUUUAAAAUACCUCAA